GCAAAAAAUUCAAAUUUUCACUUAAGUCCAUAUUGCUGUUCUUCUAUGUCUAACGCAUGCACUGCAAUAUAGCCAUAUGUAACAUUUUAAUAUUAUUCAAUGCAGUGUAAGAUAUUUCCCUAUUGCAGGUUCAUAGUAUUGUGGUGCAAUAGAGCCGUAACUGUCAGUUGUGGCCAUAUGAUUCUUGAAUACUUGCGCAUCAUGGUGCGCUACCGCCGCAAACAACAGUUAUGGCUCUAUAGCAUCAAAAACUAUUUUGCCGCUAUAAUUAUGACGCAGUUGCUUUCCUACCAACAACAGUGAAGUGUGUGUUUGUUUCCGCUGGCAACAGAUUAAUUUGGUGUUAAGUGAACAAAUAUUGUAUCUUGAGCGAGUAUUGCACAUUCGUUUGUUAUUAUGUCUCGUGCAAAAAAGUUAGUAAAGUUGGCUUUAGAUAAAGAUAACAUUGAAAACGAGGAUCCGAAAGAGAGUGAGAACACCUCUAAACCAAAGAAAACGUAUGCUGAACUUCAAAAUUGCCAGUUGGUACCUAACGUAAUAUUACAAGAAUAUUCUACGAAUCAACCCUUUUUAUUGGACUUAGAGGUAGAUUUUUCGAAAUACAAUGAUCCCAUUUUUGGAUUAGAGGCACAUAACAACUCAACAACGCUAGAUUUACCAGGAUGCUCAGGGAAUACUGCAGUGUCAGAGAUUAGUAAUGGACAUGUUGUGACUCCCUUGGACGACCAGCAAGCGGAGGAGAUUAAUAAUGAUGCAGCCAUUUUUGACUCAGAUGAUUCCAUUAAUGAUAAAGAUUACACACCUUCAGGUGAUGAUUCUAGUUCACCAGAAAACACAAGCUCUGAAAUCGAAGUGAACCCUAAUAAUGAUGUAGAAAAACGGAUUAUCGCUGAAGCUCAAGAUGAAAAGAAAAAACCACGUAAAAUAAUCGCUAGGCCCGAAACUUGGAAAAGGAACGUGAAAAAAAUGAGGGUAAAUUCAGGUUUGCCCUAUGUGUCUGAAGGUAAUAGGGAGAUUCCUGGAAAACGUUUAAAACCUCCUUGUACAACAAAAUGCAGGUCAGCGUGUACUACUAAAUUUACCGAUGCUGAUAGACUAACUAUUCACACUUGUUUUUGGAAACAAGGAGAUAAUGCUCUUCAAAGACAAUUUGUAAGUAGUCACAUGGAAACUCUAAAAGUAAAAUACCGUCGAGCCAUUGAGGGAAGUAAUCGCAGUGAAAAUUUGUGUUAUUACUUGACGCUGCGAGGAAUUAAAAUACAAGUGUGUAAAACAUUUUUCAUGAACACCCUGGACAUUGGUGAUAAGUUUAUAAGGACAACAUGGAAAAAAUCGAAUGGUAAUGCUCUGAUAGAAAGAGAUCGAAGAGGAAACUUCAAUAAGAGGGAAACAAUCAAUACUUCGAUUAAAGAAAAAAUUGUUGCUCACAUCAACUCUUUUGAACGAAUAGAAUCUCAUUAUCUCAGAGCACAGACGACACGUGAGUACAUAGACGGAUCUUUAACGAUAGCGCAAAUGUAUCGAUACUAUAAAUCCGAGCAAGAGGCUGAAGGGUUGCCAGUUGCCAAAAAAUGUACCUAUGAACACAUUUUUAAAACCCAAUUUAACAUAUCAUUUUUCCAACCUAAAAAGGACCAAUGUGCAAUUUGCGAAACCUUUAAAAAUUCUGAUACAGACGAAAGAUUGUCGCUUCAGAAAGGAUACGAACGGCACAUUAACAACAAAAUCAAGAGUAGAGAAGAAAAGGCUCGAGACGUCGAGAAAGGAAAACAAGAUUCUUCCUUUAAAAUAGCCUGUUUUGACUUACAAGCGGUUUUACCGACGCCUUGUGGAGAUGUUUCCACAUUUUAUUACAAAUGCCGUUUAAAUUGUUUGAACUUCACAGUUUUUGAAAUACCAUCGAAAAGAGGGUUUUGUUACUUUUGGCAUGAGGCGAUUGCUAAUAGAGGUGCUAAUGAAAUAGCAACUUGUAUAUUACAUUAUUUAAAAACGGAGUGCAAAGGAAAAGAUGUCAUCUUCUAUUCCGACAACUGCGUAGGGCAAAAUAAGAACAAAAUGAUUGUUUCUAUGUAUCUCUGCGCAGUUAACAAAUUUGAUGUCAAAAGCAUUACACAUAAAUUCCUUACGGUAGGCCAUACCCAAAAUGAAGGAGACUCAAUGCACGCCAGUAUUGAGCGCCAGAAGCGUAGAGUACUAAGAAGUGGCCCUAUUUAUGUACCGUCACAAUGGGCUCCAAUUAUCAGAGCGGCCAAGAAAGAAGGUACACCCUACAUCGUGAAUGAACUUGCCACAGAAGAUUUUCUGGAUUUUAAAAAAUUUAGCGACACAAUUGGGAAAAAUUUUUCAAUUAAUUCCAAACAAGAAAAGGUUGUGUGGAAUGAGAUUCAAGUUCUACGCGUAGAAAAAAAUUAUCCAACGUCGUUUUUUUAUAAAACUGACUUUGACUUCCUUGAAUAUGAACAAAUUAACAUCCAGGAAAAACUAAGGCGUUGCAUUGACAUUAGCGCAUGUUAUCCCGAAAAGGCCUUUGUAAAAGCCCCAUCGAUAUCUCAAAAAACUAAAGAACAUCUUGCUUAUUUAUGUGCAAAAAAUGCUAUUAAAAAAGUGUACCAUGGGUUCUAUAAUAACAUAAUUGGUGAAAAGUAAUCGUUUAACUUUUUUAGAGUAUAAUGAACGUGCUUUUAUAUACUUUUAUAUAUUUUUUACUUUUGAAUAAAAAAAAUAUUUCAGUUAGUAAUUUACUGCAAUAACGCCACAACUACUAGAAAACUAUUUGGUUUUAUGCACGGGUGGUUCAAAAGUGGUGGACGCAAUAUGGCCACAACUAACAAAAUUAUACUUUUAAUUAAUCCAUUGAUAAUGGUAUAAAUUAAAAUCAAAGUAUCACAUUAAAUAAUCAAUGUAUGACAAGGCGCACAAAAAUCGAUAGUAAUAUGCAAUUGUUAUGGUUGGAUAUCUAAACAGCACUAACUUUAUUUGCACGUACUCUAACAUUGUUGUGUUGGCACUUGCGGCACUAUUGAACUAGAUGUGCGAUAUGUCGAUAUCUGCCAUUUAUGGUUUUUAAGUUAUUUUGACUUUAAGAAAGAAAAUGGCGGAUGCAGAUGGUAC